AAAAGAUUAAUUUUUAAUUAAAAGGUAAGUCGCUUAACAUAUUCCAAAUGCAAAGUAAGCUUAGGGUAGCAUCAGGAAGUGUACUAGCUUGGUACUAGGUUAGCAAAUGAGCCUAUGGAUCUGUCUUUUAUUUCCUAUAUAAUGACCAUAUUUGAAGAUGCAUACACUGUAUUAACUGCUUUAUUUAUGUUUUAUUUAAAUCCCAAAUGAUACUAAAAAGAAAGCAUCAUGCCAUUUGUAUAGAAGAAGGAACUGAUGACCAGUUUACAUUGAUGAUCUAAGGUUAUACAAUUUAUCACUCAAGAAACAUUGAAAGUUUUUGACAAGGGAAGUAACAUGAUGGAAAAUGAGUUUAGGGGAGAAUGAAUUGGACCGUCAGCCUUUCAUGAACUUCUCAAAAGAACAGGAACAUGAGGAGGCAAAAUGGUGAUGCAAAUGCACAAUUCAGUCUACCACAAUACGACUAAAGCAAAACUUAUAAGCCAUGAAUGGAGAGUCCUUUUUCAGAAGCAAGGUAACCUGGACAUUACAAUGGUGACUUAUACAGAAGAAGAAUUUCUAUUUCAGGUUCACAAAUGGCACGUGCUUUUGUUCCCGCACCAAACCGAGGGUCGGGCUGCUAUUUUCACAGCCCAGUAACGAGAUGCAGAUAAACUGGGGAGGAAGAGAGUUUUCAUUUCUGUAACCGGUUACAGCGAAAAGACCUGGAAAUCACAACGUUUUCCAGAUCUUAAACGCCUUCUAAGCCAUAUGUCUGCGUGUAUCCAUUUUUCAGCAACAUUAAUCUUUUAAAACAAAGAAAAUGGAUUUCUUAAAUUCAUCGGAUCAAAACUUGACGUCAGAGGAACUGUUAAACAGAAUGCCGUCCAAAAUUCUGGUGUCCCUCACUCUCUCUGGGCUGGCACUGAUGACAACCACUAUCAACUCCCUUGUGAUUGCUGCAAUUAUUGUGACCCGGAAGCUGCACCAUCCAGCCAAUUAUCUAAUUUGCUCUCUUGCAGUCACAGAUUUUCUUGUGGCUGUCCUGGUGAUGCCCUUCAGCAUUGUGUACAUUGUGAGAGAGAGCUGGAUUAUGGGGCAAGUGGUCUGUGACAUCUGGCUGAGUGUUGACAUUACCUGCUGCACGUGCUCCAUCUUGCAUCUCUCAGCUAUAGCUUUGGAUCGGUAUCGAGCAAUCACAGAUGCUGUUGAGUAUGCCAGGAAAAGGACUCCGAAGCAUGCUGGCAUUAUGAUUACAGUAGUUUGGAUUAUAUCUGUUUUUAUCUCUAUGCCUCCUCUAUUCUGGAGGCACCAAGGAACUAGCAGAGAUGAUGAAUGCAUCAUCAAGCACGACCACAUUGUUUCCACCAUUUACUCAACAUUUGGAGCUUUCUACAUCCCACUGGCAUUGAUUUUGAUCCUUUACUACAAAAUAUAUCGAGCAGCAAAGACAUUAUACCACAAGAGACAAGCAAGUAGGAUUUCAAAGGAGGAGGUGAAUGGCCAAGUCCUUUUGGAGAGUGGUGAGAAAAGCGCUAAAUCAGUUUCCACACCGUAUGCACCAGAAAAGUCUUUAACUGACCCAUCAACAGACUUUGAUAAAAUUCAUAGCACAGUGAGGAGUCUCAGGUCUGAAUUCAAGCAUGAGAAAUCUUGGAGAAGGCAAAAGAUCUCAGGUACAAGAGAACGGAAAGCAGCCACUACCCUGGGAUUAAUCUUGGGUGCAUUUGUAAUAUGUUGGCUUCCUUUUUUUGUAAAAGAAUUAGUUGUUAAUGUUUGUGAAAAAUGUAAAAUUUCUGAAGAAAUGUCCAAUUUUUUGACAUGGCUUGGAUAUCUCAAUUCGCUUAUAAAUCCACUGAUUUACACCAUCUUUAAUGAAGACUUCAAGAAAGCAUUCCAAAAACUUGUGCGAUGUCGAUGCUAGUUUUAAAAAUGUUUAUUAUUGAAGGAUGGGGGUUUUUGAGGGGAGGAGUAACUAGAUGAAUGCUGAAUAAUAAAGCACUUAAGCUUUUAGAGGGAAAUACCUGAAUACUGCUAAAAUGAUAAGGCUAUAAUUUAUAUUUUAAUAGCAAUGUGAAUAUAAAAUUUAUUGAUCACCAUUAUUCUAGGGGACUCAAAAUUAGAAAAUAAUUUAUGUAGGUUAUAAACAAUAUUUUGCCUAUGCAAUGUUCCUAAAAAGUUGACUGGAAAAAAAAAUACAUAUAUACACAAUAUUAAUGACAGUGAUUUUCCAUGUUUAUGUCUCACAAUAAUUAUAGAGGAGUUUUCAAUUAACAACAUACCUCCCUCCAUAAUUUCUAUCUAGUCUGUCUCACAAUAAUUAUAGAGGAGUUUUCAAUUAACAACAUACCUCCCUCCAUAAUUUCUAUCUAGUCCUAUUGUUUUAUAAUAUAAUUCUAUUAUUUUGUAGAAGAAAAUAUAAUUCAUCACAAAGCACACAUUUCACCUAUCUCCAUUCUUGUCCCUUCUCCAUCUCACCCUGAGCAAAAGGGAGGGGGAAGGAGGCAACUCUUACUUAGUGUGACUGGAGAAAAUGUAAAAAAGUCAGAGCUUGAAAUUGUCCUUGUGUUUAGGUAGUAAAGAGUAAUCAUAAAGUGGGUUAGGUACAGCAAAAUAAUUUGAUACUGAACUUGUGCAUAUUUAAUAUGUUUGUUUAAAUAAACUUCUAGAAUAAUAUUACCAUAUCCAUAUAUUAUCAGCAUUUGAAAUCAAAGCCUUACCUUAGUAACAAUAACUCAACAAAGGGGCAUGGGUGACGUUGUUAUAAUUGCUCCUUGUUUACUUAGGAAUCAAAUUUAAGGCACUAAAUAUCAUAGAUUACUCACCACAGUUAUUAUACUCUUAACAUCUUUUUAAAAGUAUAAAAUGUAUUUCAUUUCUGUUAAUGUUAAUAAGCUCAGUUACUAACUAAAUUGUCUGUGGUACUUUGCACUUCAGUAUUUCUGUACUUUUGAUUUAAACAUUAUUUCCCCUUCAUUAGACAGAAGGUAAUGGAAAUUUUUAGAACUUUCCCUUGACUUUAAAAUAUUUCUACUUUUCCAACUGAUAGAAAUGAACAGGCAAAAAGACUCAUAUUGCACUAAUUAAUACAUGUACACACUUAUAUAUGUUUUUAUAAUUAGUCACUCUACUACUUCAGUGAGCCAAAGCAAUUCCAUAAGUUUUUCUCCCAUAUUUACAUAAGGAUUUGAAAACAAUAGAACCAUGAGUUUGAGAGAAUUUUAUUCUAUUUAAACCAGCAAGGUCAUAGACUAUCUUUGGGAAGACGUAUCAUCAACCAAGAUCAUUUGAAAAACAAUAUAUACCUUUUUUUAAGUUGUA